UGUAGGUUGAAAGGUCUGUUCUCGCAACCUUGCUUUGAGGUGUCAUGGCUGCAGUAUAAACACGCUGAGUCACGACUUCUCCAUAUUUAGAUACGAGUACGUAUAUUAGACGGGCUUACUCGACAACUUGCACGUCGAAAUGGGUCUUGGAGUACUGCACGUUUGUCUACUAGUAUGCUGUUUCCUAGGGCACUACAUCGCACCAGGCAAAGGCACAUACCCCAUACCUGGCAGCGGAUACCCCGGGGGUAACUAUGGUGGGUCAAACGGUUGCUCCGAGUUGAGGUUCAGCCCAUAUAAAAAAUACCAAAUAUGCCAUGUUGCAAGUUCUUGGAGUGGGGCACAAUGGUACUGCAGGAACAAACCAGGUGGAAAUCUUGCCUAUAUUGGACCUAACAUGUACCAAGAGCAGAGGGAAUUGAACAGUGCACUGAAGAAAUAUAAUGUCACGGAUGCCUGGAUAACCAGUAAUUCACGGAUCUCAAAGAGACACAGCGGAUAUCCCUCUAAUACAUAUGGGGUGUUUCCUUCAACCUACCAAUGCCCCUCAAGGAUACCAUAUGGACGCUACAGAAGAACAGGCGGUUGGUGCAGCAGUCUUGUCAGUGUUCUCGGCACAGGUGCCAUAUCGUCACUGCCAUGUAAUUGUGCACUACCCUACAUUUGCGAGAUAAAAACAGGUUCAGGGCUCAAGAAUCCGUGUCGGAACAAUGGAACAUACGACGGGUACCGCUGCCAUUGUCCACCGGGAUUUUCCGGCUCCUUCUGUGAAACCAGCACCAGUUAUUGUGUCAGACCUGGUAUAUGCAGUGGACGAGGAAAGUGUUAUGACACGUACAACUUUCAUCGUUACAUAUGUAAAUGUGACACUGGUUUUACGGGGAAAAAUUGUGAAACAAACAUAGACGAUUGCCGGUCAGAUAGAUUAAAGUGCAAUGGGCGGGGGAGGUGCAUUGAUGGGGUGAAUAACUACACUUGCUCAUGUGACAAAGGUUUUACUGGAAAGAACUGUGAGCGCAACAUCAAGGAUUGCGAUUUACGCUCUUGCAGCGGACAUGGAUGGUGCCAAGAUGGCAUCAAUAGUUAUACGUGCCAUUGUGACGCUGGUUUUACUGGCGUGGAUUGUGAGGCUGAAAUAAACGAAUGCGCCAGCAACCCAUGCCACCAACAGCAAGGGACGUGCGAAAGCUUGUUGGGCAGUUAUAAAUGCCAUUGUCACCCAGGGUUCACUGGUGAAACUUGCGACGUCAAUAUAGACGAAUGUGCAUCUCAACCAUGUAAAAAUGGUGGUACCUGCACUGAUGAAGUCGAUGGGUUUUCCUGUCAGUGCUUACCUGGAUUAACGGGGAAAACGUGCGAGAAUAGCAUCAAUGAAUGUGACUCUCAACCGUGCAAGAACAACGGGACGUGCAAAGAUGGGAUGAACUUUUACGUCUGCAUUUGUCCCGCUGGGCUGACUGGCAAAACGUGCACCGUGAACGUAGAUGAAUGUAAAUCUAACCCUUGUGUAAAUGGUGCUGCGUGUGAAGAUGCCUUAAAUGGUUAUGUUUGUCGAUGCAGAAAUGGGUUUACUGGAAAACACUGUGAAACUAACAUUGACGAAUGUGCAUCUCAGCCGUGCAAGAAUGACGCAACAUGCAUCGACAAUAUUAAUAGAUAUUUUUGCUUAUGUGCAGUCGGUGUUACAGGUUCCAGCUGCGAGACCAAAAUUAACGAAUGUGCAUCUCAGCCCUGCAGACAUGGCGCUACGUGUACAGAUGCUAUCGACGGAUACAUGUGUCAGUGCCCCUCUGGUUUUACCGGUUCUCGAUGUCAAACCAGCAUAGAUGAAUGUGCAUCCAAUCCUUGUUUGAACAACGGCUCAUGUCAAGAUGAAGUCAAUGGAUACAUUUGCCAAUGUCCAGAUGGUUUUAGUGGAGUUAAAUGUGAAUUGCCACCAACCACAAUUCCAAGUACUGUAACAAAAUCCUCGAGCACCACCACCACUAUGGCACCAAAAGACCCUUGUGAUCCCAAUCCUUGUCCUGAAACAGCACCCGGGCAUCCGAUACCAUGCAAAAGCAUAGGUGGCAGCACUAACUUUGAAUGUGUGGGACUCAAUGGCUUCGCUGGUCAAGAUUGUGAAACAACAGUGGACGAAUGUGCCUCUAAUCCUUGCAAGAACGGUGCUGUUUGUAAAGACGCUAUGAAUGGUUACAUCUAUCCUUGUAAACCAAACCCUUGUCCAGAAAUCGCACCUGGUCAACAUGUUACUUGUCAACCUGAUGGUGACGCUUAUAAAUGUGCCAAGCCCAGCGGUUAUUGUAUGGACAACAAGAGGCUCUACAAGAAAGGAGAAACGUGGGACAUCGGGUGCAGGGAGACCUGUAGAUGCAUAAAACCAGAUAUGAACUUCAAAUAUUGUGAACCAAAGUUGUGCGCAGAUUAUAGAGUGACAGCUAUUCCACCUGGGUGUAAACUAGACCCUCCUAAGCCUGGAGAAUGUUGUGAGGCGGUAAAGUGUGGACAGCUGGAUCCCGCAGGUUAA